CCCCGCCCGGGCUUUGCUGCAGACAUUCACAGUCGCAGUGUUCCAGAGCAGAGUUGCAACCUGCAAACACCGAGCGGCCUCACACUGUAAAUCAUGGCAGCCUCCAUUAUGCAGCGCCUGGAUAAAUUCCUCAAUGAGAAAAACAUACUGUCGGAUAUUCUGGGGAAAAUCGAAAGCAAGACGGGGAUUAAAAAAACUUACAUUGCUUUGGCCUUCAUUGCAUUGAUUUCCACUUACCUUGUGAUCGGCUACGCAGCAUCUUUAGUUUGCAACUUGAUCGGAUUCGUUUAUCCUGCUUAUGUCUCGAUCAAGGCCAUUGAAAGCCCUGAUAAAGAUGAUGACACAAUAUGGCUGAUGUACUGGGUAGUUUAUGGUAUCUUCAGUGUAGCUGAAUUCUUCUCUGACAUACUUUUUUCCUGGUUUCCGUUCUAUUACAUACUGAAGUGUGCGUUCCUGGUUUGGUGCAUGUCUCCCACCUCGAGCAACGGCUCACAGAUGCUCUACAAGCGUUUUAUCCGCCCUUUCUUUCACAAGCAUGAGGCUGAGCUGGACAAAGUUGCGAAGAAUAUUAGCGACCGGGCCUCAGAAGCUGCCGAUAGCAUCAGAGAAAAUGCUAAGAAAGCAACAGCAAACUUAAUCUUUGAAGAGAAGAAGAGCACUUAAAUAAUCGCGUUUAGAAAGCUUGCCUUUAUUCUUUGCUCCCUGGGAUCCAGAGCGUUAAGAUACUGCCUUUGGAAAGUUUUUUUUAAUGUACACUUUAAAUGCAUUUCUUAUCGAUAUACUCGGUUUUACCAAAAGCAAGUGGAAACUAUAUAAUACUCAAUUUUAAUGUAAUACUAUAUUCAGUAUUUAAAUGCGUAUUGCAAGAAAAUCAUAUGCUACUGGCAAUGAUGGAAUUUCAAUUUUAGUGGAAAAAAAUCUGGUUUAUCAUGUCCUUUUAUUGUCUGGUGAAUGUUUAAUAAACUUCUAAAGUC